CUUCGUCAAGCGAUCGCUUUCAUGGCGGCGCAUAGCUCUGGCGAUGGCUUCGCCGAGGAGGUGAACCUGACUGCCGCCCUCACCACGUUCACUUCGCCAGCCUCGGCGUGGACGAUCGGCGCUCACCUCGCCAGCGCCGUCAGCCUCGGCGUCCCUGAGGGGCGGCUGGCGCUCUGGCGCAAGCACGGCGGCGGCGAGCUGGAGCCGGCCCUCACGAGCGGCGCCGUCGCCCUCCUCGACGCGCAGUGGAUCAUCAGCCACGCCGAGGCGAGCGGCGUUCUCACUCACCGCCAGUCGCUGCCCAGAGAGGCCUUCCUCUCGCUCGCCGACCUUAUAUUCGCGAUGGCAGAUCCUGCGGUCUUUGGCCUGCCCGUCGCCGUGCUGUCCUGUCCGUGGCUCACAACAAGCCACCCCGACCCACGCGGAGCCAACCUCUCCCGUGUCGCAAAGGCGCUGAAGGCGCUGCUCGGCUCGUCCUACAUCAGCCGGCUAGGCGUCUUUUGGGACUUCGGCUCGCUGCACCAGCACCCCGACCCGGCCAACGGCGUCAUGCGCACCGAGGAGCAGAACGCGCUAUUCAAGCAGGGGCUGGACUGCCUCGGCACGCUCUACUCCCACCCGUUUACGACCGUGCUGCGCCUGACCUCCUUCCCGGACGGCCACAAGACGGAGGAGCAGCCCGAGGGCGCCAACGUGGCCGAGUACUUUGACCGCGGCUGGUGCUACGCCGAGAGCAGCUGGGCGAGUCUGACCAAGCGCGCGUCCUUUUCGCUCGACCUCGGCCGGAUGCGCCCCGACUGCGAGUACGACCGGCCCGGCCUCAUCUUCGAGUGCACGCGCGGCAACGGCUGGCGCCCUCCGCUGCUGCCGCCCCAGUUUGCGGCCGAGCUGGAGGCGAAGAGGGUCACCGAGGGCGAGGACAGGCCCGUCCUGCAGCGGCUGUACGAGGGCGCCUUCCAUUCGCAGCUCGGCAGGGCGACGCGGCUGGACUGCGCCAGCCUCGGCUGGGGCGACGCCGAGGCGUCGCAGCUCGCGGCGGUCCUCGCGAGCGGCGCGGCGCCGCGGCUCGAGCAGCUCGACUUGCUCGAGCAGCUCGACUUGUCCGGCAACCAGGUUGGCGACGCGGGGCUCGCGGCGCUAGAUGCCGACGGCUCAGAUCAGCUCCAGCUCGCGGAGCUCUCCGCCGCCCUCAACGCCGUGCCGCGGCUGGAGCGGGUCGACUUGCGCGCCAACCGGAUCGGCGACGGCGGCAUCAAGGCGCUAUCGGUCGCACUCGCCACGGACGGCACCGCCCCGCGGCUCGAGACGCUCAACCUCAGCAGCAAUAUGGCGCCCGCCCCUUCAUUAGGGGAGGCUAGCCAUGCACUGGCGGUGAGCGACGAGGGGCUCAAGGUGCUGGCUGUCGCGCUCAAGAAGAAGCAAGCCGCGCCGAGCCUGAAGAACCUCACCGUAGAGAGCAAGCCGAGCACCGAGCGUGUGGCUGGGUGUAAGAGAACCUGGGUUGUGGCGCGGCAUUGACCGUUGCGCCCCUGCGACGGUAAGGUAAGGUAAGGUAGAUUUCUCCACACACACAAAGUGGUGGGGCAAGGGGGGGCGACCCUCGCAUCUCCACGCCCGGACACGGGCAGGAGCCCCACGGCAUUCAAAGUGCAAGCACUGGCCCGGUGCACGUGGGUGAGCAGCCUGCCCCUCCCUCCCGACAAACCAACUCCCGCACACACACAAUCGCACUCUGGCCAU